AUGGAGGAAGAAGUUAUUGAGUGUGUAGGCAUUAAAGGCGGGAAGUUGUUUUCAAGUGGUGAUGGAUACUUUUAUGCAGUGUCUGUGAAGAAAAGUGCUGGAAUAAAAUACCUUCGGUGUAAAACUCGACUUUGUCGUGGUGGCGCUAAAUUGGUUCAAAAUGGAGAUAGAAAAAUUCUCGAAGCAACAACCCAACAUUCUGAUGGAUGUGAGCCAGAUGUCCUUUUUUUAGACAGUUUGCGUGUAAGAAACAUUAUUAUGGAACGCUGUUCGAAAGAAACAACGCCAUUGAAACGCAUUUUCAACGAGGAGUGCAACAGGCGUUUUCCUAUCGUGUUUUGUUUAAUGAAAAAAAGGACGAUAUCUGCUUAUACCACACUGUUACGGUUUUUGAUAACAAGAUACGGAAAUAUAGCUCCUAAUCUCGUAAUCUCAGAUUAUGAAAAAGCGAUCAAGAGCGCUGUGAAAGAAGUGUUUCCGCUGGCAAUCCACAAGGGCUGUUGGUUUCACUUCACUCAGUCAAUUCUAAGGAGAAUCAAAAAUGAUGGACUGAUCAACUCAUAUAAUCAAAACGACUGUGUGAAAAAAGCUGUUCGAAUGUUGAUGUGUUUAGCACUUCUGCCCACAGACAGGAUUUUGACUGGAUUUCAUGAAAUCGAAACCUAUUGCGAAGCCAAUAAUAUACAUAAUACCCUAUCCGAUUUGCUAGCAUAUUUCGAAAAUCAAUGGAUUAAUACUGUAGGACCCACUUCAUUCUCUGUGUAUGGACAGCCCCGCCGGACCAACAACUGCUUGGAAUCGUUCCAUCACCAACUGUUUGAUUGUGUUGGUAAAGCCCAUCCAAAUAUAUGGGAGUUUACAGAGGCGUUACGUGGUGUUGCUGGUUCUACGGUGCGUGACUACGCUAGAUUACAGAAAGGAAUUAGGCUCAUCCAGUACAGGAAGAGGAAAAUGGGUUCUUCAAGAUCGAACCAUCAUGAAUGCUCAAGAACGAAUUGUCUUUGGCCAAAUAUCUGUAUUUGGAUUUCUAAGUGA